CAUAACACCACACUCCUCUCUUCUUUUUUAUUCUAUCUGUCUGCCACCAUCCCUCUGCUUGAUCUCCAUCCUGAUCCGUGUGUGUGGUUUUGCGUCCUCUCAAUUCUUCACCAUUCAUUAACGCCUACUCUUCAUGUGCAGUCCAGUUUGGUUCUUUGCGUUAUCCGGCUCAGACAGACAGAAAAGAACAUGUUCUCACUCAUUUCAAAUCGCGGGUGAAAAAACACCCUGAAGCUUUUUGUUUUAAAUAGGAAAUGUUGAAUUUCUGACUGAUAAAUGCGGGACGAAUGAAGACAGAGACAGGUUUUUUUUUUUAUUUAUUAUUUUUACGCAUCAACAAUCGCACGUAGCCUGGACAGGAUAAAGCUGAGAACGCAUUGUGGUUUUUGGAGAAAAGCACUUAGGUUUACUGAAGGUGGAAGAAGAAGACGAUGGGGAUUUAAUCAGAUGAACUAAUCCGACAGUGUUAAGUUUGCUGAGGUAUAGUGCACCUGCCUGCCAGGGGAGGGGGAGAAACAGAUAGCGGAGAAGCACCGGGGAAGAGCUACGCGUCAUUUCCAAGACACCAGCGCAACAAGCCAACACCAUUACAAGCAGCCUGCUGUGUGAAUGGCACACGGGGUGUCUUCACACAUUGAGCUGGUGCAGGGUACACAGACAACCGCUACGACCAGGGUCCAGCUGAAAACCAUCUUUCUAGCGAUAUGAAGGAUAACUUCAUCUCCUGAGGCCACAACUUCCACACCGAGCUGACUCACAGACAACUGCACCCGGACCUUCACAUGUGACGGCAGACUGCAAGUAUCGUCACCAUGUUACUGCACAAGACUAUCCUGAACCGCUCUUCACCCGUCAGUCCAUAUAUUUUCAUCUCUUUCCUGCUCGUCCUGCUCCCGGGGGUAACUCAUUUCUCCCAGGGCCAUGAAGAUGCUGACAGCAAAGCAGACAACUGCUCAACUGCGAGUAACUGCUCCGAGGGUGUGGUGCUGCCCUUGUGGAACCCACAAAACCCUGCGGUGGGCGACAAGGUUGCACGCGCCAUAGUUUACUUCGCAGCUCUUAUAUACAUGUUCCUGGGCAUGUCCAUCAUCGCAGACCGCUUCAUGUCGUCUAUUGAGGUCAUCACCUCUCAGGAAAAGGAGAUCACCAUCAAGAAGCCCAACGGUGAGAUUACCACGACGACUGUGCGCAUCUGGAAUGAGACGGUGUCCAACCUGACCCUGAUGGCACUGGGCUCAUCAGCACCAGAGAUCCUGUUGUCCGUCAUCGAAGUGAUCGGCCAUAACUUUGAGGCUGGAUCUCUGGGCCCCAGCACCAUCGUGGGCAGCGCUGCAUUCAACAUGUUCAUUAUCAUCGCUAUCUGUGUCUAUGUGGUGCCAGAAAAUGAAGUCCGCAAAAUAAAGCACCUUCGGGUGUUUUUUGUCACUUCUGCCUGGAGCGUGUUCGCCUACAUCUGGCUGUACCUCAUCCUGUCUGUGUUCUCCCCCGGAGAGGUGGCCCUCUGGGAGGCUGUCCUCACCUUCCUCUUCUUCCCCCUUUGUGUGCUGCAAGCCUGGAUCGCAGACAGGCGCCUGCUCUUCUACAAGUACGUCCACAAGCGUUAUCGCACAGACAAGACCCGCGGCAUUAUCAUCGAGUCAGAGGGCGACGCCAUGUUCACCAAAAUGGACUUGGAGAUGGACGGCCAGGGUGUGAACUCCCACACUCACCCUAAAGAAGCUCUGGAUGGGAUGCUGGAAGGGGUGGAGGAAGGCGGAGGUAGCACGGAGCAAGAUCAAGAGGAAGAGGCCCGAAGGGAUAUGGCUCGCACUUUGAAAGGCUUAAAGCAGAGGCAUCCAGAGAAGGACAUGGAGCAGCUGAUUGAGAUGGCCAACUACCAAGUGCUGGUCCAGCAGCAGAAGAGUCGGGCCUUCUAUCGCAUCCAAGCCACACGCAUGAUGAUCGGAGCCGGGAACAUCCUGAAAAAGCACGCCGCUGAUCAGGCCAGGAAGGUCGUGAGCUGUCAUGAGGCGAGUGGGCAAGAGGAAGAUCCCAACACCAUCUACAUGCAGUUUGACCCCUUUCACUACCAGUGCUUUGAGAAUUGUGGCUCACUAAAGCUGUCAGUGGGCCGCCAUGGAGGAGAAAGUGGCUGCACUGUGAAGGUGGACUACCGCACAGAGGAUGGGACAGCCAACGCAGGCUCAGAUUAUGAGUUUGCCGAGGGCACUUUGGUCUUCAAGCCCGGUGAAACAACAAAAGAAUUCACUGUUGGCGUUAUCGAUGAUGACAUUUUCGAAGAGGACGAGCACUUCUACGUGCGCCUCAGUAACCCACGUAUCGUGCACCGCGCCGAGGUCUCCGUCCUGGAGCCGAGUUCCAGCGCAUCCAGCAACAGCACGGUGGGCAUGUCCUCCCACGCUCCUCCAAAGGCAGCCCUGGGCAACGCUCACACUGCCACGGUAACCAUCUACGAUGACGACCACGCCGGCAUCUUUACGUUUGAGAGCAGCUCCACAAGGAUCAGUGAGAGCGUUGGCAACAUGCAGGUGAAGGUUCACCGGACAUCCGGGGCCAGAGGGAAGGUGGCGGUGCCUUACCACACAGCCGAGGGCACUGCCAAGUCCGGGGAGGACUACGAUGAGGUGUCUGGGAAGCUAGAGUUUCAGAACGACGAGACCAUGAAGAUGCUGAACGUGAAGAUCAUCGAUGACGAGGAGUACGAGAAGAACAAGACCUUCACCAUUGUGCUGGAGGAACCCAUCCUGCUGGAGGUGGGACAGAGACACGGAGACACCAACGAUAACAAGACAGCACUGGGACCUGAGGAUGUAUCAAAGAUGGGCUGCCCCUGUCUGGGAGAGCACACCAAGCUGGAGGUGGUCAUCGAGGAGUCUUAUGAAUUUAAGAGCACAGUGGACAAGCUGAUCAAGAAGACCAACCUGGCUCUGGUGGUGGGGAGCAGCAGCUGGAGGGAGCAGUUUGUUAGUGCCGUCACUGUCAGCGCAGGUAACGACGAUGAGGAGGACAGCGGAGAGGAACACUUGCCGUCUUGCUUCGAUUACAUUAUGCACUUCCUGACAGUUUUCUGGAAAGUCCUCUUCGCUUUCGUUCCGCCCACUGAGUACUGGAACGGCUGGGCCUGCUUCUUCGUGUCCAUCUCCCUCAUCGGCGCCCUGACGGCUGUGACCGGGGACCUGGCCUCCCAUUUCGGCUGCACCAUCGGCCUCAAAGACUCCGUCACCGCCGUGGUGUUUGUGGCCCUCGGCACCUCUGUUCCAGAUACAUUUGCAAGUAAAGUGGCCGCCAUCCAGGACCAAUACGCCGACGCCUCUAUCGGUAACGUGACCGGCAGCAAUGCGGUGAACGUGUUCCUGGGCAUUGGCGUGGCAUGGACCAUCGCGGCGGUUUACUGGCGGUCCAAAGGCAAGGUGUUCAAGGUGAACCCAGGCUCCCUGGCCUUCUCCGUCACCCUCUUCACCGCCAUGGCGGUGUUUGGCGUGAUGGUGCUUCUCUACCGCCGGCGUCCCGGCGUGGCGGGGGCAGAGCUCGGGGGCCCACGGACAGUCAAGCUCCUCACCUUCUUCCUCUUCGUCUCCAUGUGGUUAAUCUACAUCCUGUUGUCCUCGUUGGAGGCGUACUGCCACGUGCCUGGCUUCUAAGACACAGGGAAAACGCACAGACACGACUCUUCUCCUUGUUUUUACAGUCUACUGAACGUGUUUUCUCUGUCUCUUUUUUGCCUAUUUUCACAAAAGUUUAUAGCUAUUUGUAUCAUUAGUUAUUACUGCACAAUCUCUGACUGACUUUGAAUCUUUGGACUUUGGAACUUUCCACGAUGCUGUGAAGGCUAGCCACUUAAACUCCACCUCCUCUCAACUUUCCUUCCUCUUUUGAAACGAUACGUUCCAAAGGACAUUUAUCUGAUCAUUACUCAGCACAAAUCACAUCAAACCUUCACUUCACUUCACAUGUCAAACUUGUGGCAUCGUGUCCUCACUCUGAAAACAAUUAUUUGAGUUUUUAACUGUUAAGAAAGCACAAGAUUGAAUCAGGAUUUGAACGAUGUAGAUUUAAAGAUGGUGCAUGGGAUGACAUUAUAUACUUGACAUUCACAUAAGAAGAAAGACAUUACUGAGACAGAAAUGAUCUCUUAAACAUUCUAAAACAUAGCUGUGUGUGUUGAUAUUUACUACUCAAGCUAUACAUUAAUUAUUCACUGUAUAUCAUGUAAAAGAUGAACAUUGUGCGUGGGAGUUUUGUGAAAGAGUACAUGUGUUUACUUUUGCACGUUAUCAGAGUUUUCUUGGUAAUCAAUCUUUAAAGUACUGUACGUGAUAUUUUGACAUGGCAGUUGAUGUGUUGGUGUAUUCCUGUACAUGUGAACCACAGCUGUAUCAUGAACUUCUCACUGCCUGGCGCCCUUUCUCAUGAAGCUUCUCUCAGUCAGUAUCAUGUUUGACAUAGCCAGGGUUUACAAAUGCCUUUUUUCAAGUCAACGUGGAGCAGAGCGCCUGCUUUAAAUUGUAUUAUAAAAUAUAAGUUCUGUGAGCACAUUUAGAAUUUGUUUGCGCGUGUUUGCGUGCUCCUCUGCUCUCCAGCACAAACUGUCGUAAAGGCAUGGCACUAUCUCCUCACCGACUUCACAGAUGGUGGGGGCGCAGUCUUGAGUGCGGAAGCGGAACGCCAGUUUCCUUAUCUGUCAUGCUGACACUGUGAACAUUUUUCAACAGCAUCACUUUUAGUAAAAAGCACAGCGGAGAGCAAAGGGCCACUUUCCAUAUGACUGCAGGCGGAGCGAGGCCCCUAUCGCAGCACAAUCGCCAAACACACGUCCAUCAUUCGAAAUGAAAAAUGUUCUAAAAGAGAUGACGCCGACAUUGUUUUCCUGCAAGUGUCUCCCUGUGUCGCACAGCAGUUGUUAUUGAACUUUGUUUCCUUUUUUUAUUUAACCUAGAAUCUGUAGAGCCAUAUUUAUUGUAACAGUAUUACAGUAGAGGUAUUUAUAUGAUUAGUUUGACUUUUAUUGAUAUGCACGUUUAAUGUAUAAAAAAGUGGAAAUAAAUGUUGCUAAUUUAUGAUCCUCUAA